GCCUGCCGGCCGGUCCGUCCGUCCCGCUGGGCCACGCCAGCCCCAUGGCGUUCCCGCUGGAGGAAGACGCAGGAAGGAUAAAAGAUUGCUGGGACAAUCAGGAAGCACCUGCGCUCUCCACGUGUAGCAAUGCCAAUAUCUUUCGAAGGAUAAAUGCCAUAUUGGAUAAUUCUCUGGAUUUCAGUAGAGUCUGCACUACACCUGUAAAUCGAGGAAUCCAUGAUCAUUUGCCAGACUUCCAGGACUCUGAAGAAACAGUUACAAGCAGGAUGCUUUUCCCCACCUCUGCGCAAGAUUCUUCCCGUGGCCUCCCAGAUGCAAAUGACUUGUGCCUUGGCCUGCAGUCCCUCAGUCUCACAGGCUGGGACCGACCCUGGAGCACCCAGGACUCAGAUUCUUCAGCCCAGAGCAGCACACACUCAGUAUUGAGCAUGCUCCACAAUCCAUUGGGCAGUGUCCUGGGGAAACCCCCCUUGAGCUUCCUGCCUCUGGACCCCCUUGGAUCUGACUUGGUGGACAAGUUUCCAGCACCCUCCGUUAGAGGAUCCCGCCUGGAAACCCGGCCCAUCCUGGACUCCCGUUCUAGCAGCCCCUCUGACUCAGACACCAGUGGCUUCAGCUCUGGAUCAGAUCAUCUCUCAGAUUUGAUUUCAAGCCUCCGAAUUUCUCCUCCCCUGCCCUUCCUGUCUCUGACGGGGGGUGGUCCCAGAGACCCUUUAAAGAUGGGGGUUGGGUCCCGGCUGGACCAAGAGCAAGCUGCUCUGGCUGCAGUCACGCCCUCCCCAACCAGCGCAUCAAAGAGAUGGCCAGGAGCUUCUGUGUGGCCGUCCUGGGACCUCCUUGAAGCUCCCAAAGACCCCUUCAGCAUAGAGAGAGAGGCCAGGCUACACAGGCAAGCUGCAGCUGUGAAUGAAGCCACCUGUACCUGGAGUGGCCAGCUUCCUCCCCGGAACUACAAGAACCCCAUCUACUCUUGCAAGGUGUUCCUAGGAGGUGUCCCUUGGGAUAUUACGGAAGCUGGAUUGGUUAAUACCUUCCGUGUUUUUGGCUCUUUGAGUGUGGAGUGGCCUGGUAAGGAUGGCAAGCACCCCCGGUGUCCUCCCAAAGGGUAUGUGUAUCUGGUCUUCGAACUAGAGAAGUCUGUCCGGGCCUUGCUUCAGGCUUGCUCUCAUGACCCGCUGAGCCCAGAUGGCCUGAGUGAAUAUUACUUCAAGAUGUCCAGCCGGAGGAUGCGCUGCAAGGAGGUACAAGUGAUCCCCUGGGUCUUGGCCGACAGCAACUUUGUUCAGAGCCCAUCUCAGAGACUUGACCCCAGCAGGACGGUAUUUGUCGGUGCUCUGCACGGGAUGCUCAAUGCUGAGGCCCUGGCAGCCAUUCUGAACGACCUAUUUGGUGGUGUGGUGUAUGCUGGGAUUGACACAGAUAAGCACAAGUAUCCCAUUGGGUCUGGUCGCGUGACUUUCAAUAACCAACGUAGUUACCUGAAGGCAGUCAGUGCUGCUUUUGUGGAGAUCAAAACCACCAAGUUCACCAAGAAGGUUCAGAUUGACCCCUACUUAGAAGAUUCUCUGUGUCAUAUCUGCAGUUCUCAGCCUGGUCCUUUCUUCUGUCGAGAUCAGGUGUGCUUCAAGUACUUCUGCCGGAGCUGCUGGCACUGGCGGCACAGCAUGGAGGGCCUGCGCCACCACAGCCCCCUGAUGCGGAACCAGAAGAACCGAGAUUCCAGCUAG